AUGUCGACCGAGGGCUGCCCGGCGCAGGGCGUGGGCGCUCAAGCCGCACCCGUCCCUUCCGGGCAGCUUCACGCGGCGGGCGCGGCGCAGCGAGGCGCGCGCCACCCUGCGCAUGGGUUGGAUUCACCAGAGGGCGCGGCCUUGCCCGAGGGCUCGCCGGAGGAGAGGGCCUUUCGCGCUCAGCUCGACUUGGCGGUGCGGCGCCCCGACGACCUCGAGGCGACGCCGUCGGACGCCGACUUUGCGCGGCUGGUUGCCUUGGGGCGGGCCUUCGGCGGGGCGAGCCUUUGCGGCCUGCUACCCUCGCCCCUCCAGCGGCGAUGGCGCAGGAGAUUCGGCUGCGGCGAGUGCGGCGGCUCGCGCAGAGUGCGCUGCCCGACGUGCAACGGCCGCGGCGGGUACGAGGCCAUGGGUGGCGUGCCCGUCGCGUGCAAGUCGUGCCGCUCCACCGGACGCGUGGUGUGCCGCGCUUGCUUCGUAGGCGACGGGUUCGACAUAGAUGCUAUCCGGCGCGACAUGGGAGUGCCGGAUUGAGAGCGAUGGGAGUAAACCGAGUUGACCAGGACCGUUGACGUACAUAUGACGGGGGGCGUGCGCGCAUCGUUUUCUGCGUGUAGACCGUCUGCGACACGAUAAUACGUUUUUCGUCGAAAUGGUAGACCACCCC